AUGUCUCAUACCCUGCAGAGACCGGAUGCGCUCUUCUCGUUCUUGCGUACCGUUCUUCCGGACCAAGUGCCCGAGCAGCGGCCCCUCCGAGGGAGAGUCGAAUAUCAUGGGAUUCGCACCGCCGAAGACUUCAUCGCAAGCGUGCAAGCAGGUCUCAGGAAGGCGCCCAUGGCAUUUCGUUUGUCGCCACAUGUGUUGAGUAUCAUCGAUUGGCAAGACCCGCUGAAUGACCCUGUUCGCCGGCAAUUCAUUCCCCUAGAUUCGUCCAUCAAUGUGAAUCACCCGGCGACUUCGCUGGACCCGCUGCAAGAGACGAACAGUUCGCCUGUGUCGGGUCUCGUCCACCGGUAUCACAACAAAGCCCUCUUCCUGACAACAUCUACAUGCCCCGUCUAUUGCCGCUUCUGCACACGCUCGUACUCCAUCGGCACAGAGACAGACACUGUCAAGAAAAUGCGCUUCUUACCCGUCGUGAAGAAAUGGGAACCCCGGUUUCAGUACAUAGAGGCGAACCCUCACCUCGUUGAUAUUGUCCUGUCGGGCGGUGACUCUUAUCUGCUCGAGCCCGAGAUUGUUCGCUACCUGGGCGAGCGUCUGCUGGCGAUUCCGCACAUCCGCCGACUCCGGUUCGCCACGAAAGGUCUGGCCGUCUCUCCGAGCCGCAUGCUCGACCCCACGGACUCAUGGAUGUCCACCGUCAUCGAACUUUCAAAGCGGGCGAGGAGCCUCGGAAAGCACGUGUGCAUCCACACUCAUUUCAACAAUCGACAGGAGAUCACAUGGAUCACGCGGGCAGGCGCGCGGCGGCUGUAUGAAGAGGGUGUGACUGUGCGGAAUCAGUCGGUGCUGCUCCACGGGGUGAACAAUAGCAUCGAGGAACUCUCGACGCUGGUACACGAGUUGACAGAGAUCAACAUCGAGCCGUACUACGUCUACCAAGGCGACAUGAUCCCCGGCGCCGAGGACCUGCGCACGCCACUGAGCGACUCACUCGAGCUGGAGCUGCAGCUGCGCGACCAGACCGCGGGCUUUCUGCUGCCGCGGUUCGUCACAGACGUGCCGGUGGCCGGCAAGCGGCCAUCGCUUUCUGCGCAGAACUACGAUCGCGUCAGGGGAACAGCGCAGUUUGUCAGCCCGAAGCUCACCGACGGGCCAUACUCGUACUGGGACCCGUUGUGGAGCUUGUCGGAGGAGGGCCGGGAGCAGGUCAAGGAGUAUUUCGCGGGCAGUGGGAAGAGCGGGUCUACGUGA